AUGAUCAAACUACACGCCAUCGGUCGUGGCGCCUGCGGCACUGUAUGGGCAUGCGAAACAGGACCCGCAUACAAAAGGGAGGAUGGUAACGCAGCACGAUCCCUCCAAAACGACUUCGAAAUGCACAACCGAGUACUUCAAAGUCGACAAACCCUUAUGAACCUGAGGAAGUCGACUCAAGUUGAAAUACAAAUACCAUCCUGUCACAACUUUAUCGAGCCAAAGAACAAGGAGUGGUGGGCUGCAAAUCUAGAAAGGUUUCCACAAGGCUAUACAUCAUGCAAUAUGAUCGAAGCACAACGCAUUCCACCGUUUGGGGAACCAACCCGACACCUUCUUAUUCAAGCAUUCUGCCCGGAUGAGAUCAAGCAAAUUAUUAUCAAGAGUGAGCCGGAUCAAGACUGCACAAUUCGACUAUAUUUAGGCAGGCGUCGAACACAUACCCAGGAUUCGAAAACCUUCUCACAGUUCAGAGCAUUCUCUUUGCGAAAUUACCCGCUACAUGAAGACCAACUAGAAGAGCUGGCGAUCACAACAGACGAUCUUCAACAAUAUGCCCGAACAAUGGCAGAAGCACUAGCUAUGAUGCACUGGAUUGCUGGCAUAGAUGCUAAUGAUGUUGAGUUUGUCCUCGCACCCUGCAAUGAUAAUGAUGGUGGUCGCAUCAAUAAUGUUUUGGGAAGGGAUAGCAUGUGGAUGCUAGACUUCGAUCUAUGUAGAAAUAUGACAAUGGACGAGAAUGGUGUUGCAAAAGCCGUGGAGGCCUUCUGA